AUGUAUAGCACCAUAGAAGAUUUUCUGCAGGCUGAUAACAACUUCAUCCCAAUAAGGUACUCUUACUCGGACAUUAAGAAGAUGACUGGAAGAUUCAAGGACAAACUGGGUGAAGGUGGCUUUGGCACUGUAUUUAAAGGAAAAUUGCGCAGUGGUCGUUUUGGAGCAAUUAAGAUUUUGGGCAAGUCUAAAGCUAAUGGGCAAGAUUUCAUGAGCGAGGUAGCUACAAUUGGGAGGAUUCACCAUGUUAAUGUGGUGCAACUUGUUGGUUAUUGUGUGGAGGGAUCAAAGCGCUCUCUAGUCUACGAUUUCAUGCCCAAUGGGUCGCUUGAUAAAUAUAUUUAUUCAAAAGAAGGAAAUAUGCCUUUAAGUUGCGAUAAAAUGUAUGUGAUUUCUCUUGGAGUGGCUCGAGGGAUUGAAUAUCUGCAUGAAGGUUGUGACAUGCAAAUUCUGCGUUUCAAUAUCAAGCCUCACAACAUUCUUCUUGAUGAGAAUUUCAACCCAAAGAUUUCUGACUUUGGGCUAGCAAAACUAUAUCCUACAGAUAACAGUGUUGUCUCUAUGACGGAAGCUAGGGGAACAUUGGGAUAUAUGGCUCCUGAGUUGUUCUACAAAGCUGAUGUCUACAGUUUUGGAAUGUUGCUGAUGGAGAUGGCAAGCAGAAGGAAGAAUUUGAAUGCCUUGGCAGAGCAUUCAAACCAAAUUUACUUCCCUUCUUGGGUGUUCGAUCAAUAUAUCGAGGGAAAGGACUUGGAGAUGGGUGAUGUCAAUGAAGAUGAAAUGAAAAUAAUAAGAAAGAUGGUCAUAACAGCCUUAUGGUGUACGCAAUUGAAACCAAGUGAUCGUCCAUCAAUGAAAAAAGUCAUAGAGAUGCUUGAAGGGCAUGUUGAAUAUCUACAGAUGCCUCCCAAGCCUUUUAUGUGUCCACACAGAUGCCGAUAA